UCUCAUCCAAGUCUGUGGACAACUUUUCAAGUUAUUUUUUAACACAGAGACACAGUGAAAAACACAACCUCCUUGGCAGCGCUGAAAACUUCCUGUGCUUGAAUGGAGUAAAUAAAAAGCCCUCCAGUAAAACGUGCCAAAUUCUGAUGUCACGAACAUUGGAUAACUAGACAUGUCUUUAAUGUCUUUAAUGUUAUGCUGCUGCGGCCAGUUGAAUUUCCUCAGUGUGGGAAGAAUAAAGGCUAUCUAGUCCAAUCUAAUUGAUGAGAGAACGACUGAUAUUUCGGCCAGAUAGCUGUGCACUUGCAGAGCUACUGCUCACCAUACCAGACCGGCUGUGUGGCCGGGCAACAGAGCUUUUCACAGUGCAGGCCUCUCCUCCUCAGCCAGAUCCAGGACCAUGGCUCAAAAAGCGAGCGUUGACCCCACCAAGAUGGGCGUGGGACGGGCAAUUGCUGUGCUGACCUCUGGUGGGGAUGCCCAGGGUAUGAAUGCGGCUGUGAGGGCAACAGUACGAGUUGGUAUUUACACCGGAGCAAAGGUCUAUUUUGUUCAUGAGGGUUACCAGGGCCUAGUGGACGGAGGAGACCAUAUUCGUCCCGCCACAUGGGAAAGUGUUUCGAUGAUGCUUCAGUUGGGCGGGACGGUGAUUGGAAGCGCCCGCUGUCAAGACUUCCGCACCAAAGAGGGACGUACCAAGGCAGCAAUGAACUUGGUCAAACUGGGCAUCACUAACCUGUGUGUCAUCGGCGGUGACGGCAGUUUGACAGGUGCCAGUCAGUUCCGGACCGAGUGGUCAGAGCUGCUGGGUGACUUGGUCAAAGCUGGUAAGAUCACCCAGAAUGAGGCCACCAGCUCCUCCCACCUGAAUAUCGUUGGAAUGGUGGGCUCCAUUGACAAUGACUUCUGCGGCACUGACAUGACCAUCGGCACAGACUCGGCACUGCAUCGAAUCAUUGAGAUAGUUGAUGCCAUCACCACCACUGCUCAGAGUCACCAGAGAACAUUCAUCCUGGAGGUGAUGGGACGCCAUUGUGGUUACUUGGCCUUGGUGACCGCUCUGGCCUGUGGCGCUGACUGGGUGUUUAUCCCUGAGAUGCCACCAGAUGAGGGAUGGGAGGAUCAUCUGUGCAGAAGGCUGAUAGAGCAAAGAAGCCGUGGAUCCAGACUAAACAUCAUUAUUGUUGCUGAAGGAGCGAUGGACUUAAAGGGCAAACCAAUCACAUGUGAAGACAUUAAAAAGUUGGUUUCAGAGAAGCUUAAAAUGGAUACCCGCACCACAGUCCUUGGACAUGUCCAGAGAGGUGGAACCCCGUCUGCCUUCGACAGAAUCCUGGCCAGCAGGAUGGGUGUGGAGGCUGUGAUGGCCCUGCUGGAAGCUACUCCCGACACUCCUGCCUACGUGGUCAGUCUGUCUGGUAACAUGGCCGUCAGGUUGCCUCUGAUGGAGUGUGUCCAAGUGACUAAAGAUGUCACCACUGCAAUGUCUGAGGGGAGAUAUGAAGACGCCAUAAAGCUCAGGGGAAAGAGCUUUGAAAACAACUGGAACACCUACAAAAUGCUUGCUCAUGUGCACAUACCGCAGGCAAAAAGUAGUAUCAACAUUGCCAUACUGAAUGUUGGGGCUCCUUGUGCCGGAAUGAAUGCAGCUGUGCGUUCUGCGGUGAGAACCGGGAUCCUGCAAGGUCAUCAGAUGCUGGCGGUGCACGACGGCUUCGAUGGAUUAGCUCACGGAAUGAUUGAACCCAUCAACUGGGCUGGAGUGGCAGGAUGGACCGGGAAAGGGGGUUCACUCCUGGGCACAAAAAGAUCUUUGCCUCGUGAGGUUAUGGAGGAGAUCAGCCUCCAAAUCACCAAGUUCAACAUCCAUGGUCUUGUCAUUAUUGGAGGCUUUGAGGCAUUUGUUGGUGGUCUGGAAAUGGUACAAGCUCGUGAGAAGUACGAGGAACUUUGUAUUCCCAUUGUGGUGGUCCCCGCCACAGUCUCCAACAACGUCCCCGGCUCCGACUUCAGUAUUGGCGCUGACACGGCUCUGAACACCAUCACCACGGUGCGAGUCACAUACAGCACCCAACUAUUCCUUCCAGUUAACCCGACUCAUUGGCUUCCUCUCCAUCCUGUUCAGACCUGUGACCGCAUCAAACAAUCUGCCGCCGGGACCAAGCGCAGAGUCUUCAUCGUGGAGACCAUGGGGGGAUACUGUGGCUACCUGGCAACCAUGGCUGGCUUGGCUGCAGGCGCAGACGCUGCGUAUAUCUACGAGGAACCUUUCAACAUUCAUGACCUCGAGCUGAAUGUGGAUCAUCUUGUGGAGAAGAUGAAGACCACUGUCAAAAGAGGACUUAUUCUAAGAAAUGAAAAGUGCAACGUCAACUACACCACCGAUUUCAUCUUCAGUUUGUACUCAGAAGAGGGCAAAGGUGUGUUUGACUGCAGGAAGAACGUCCUGGGCCACAUGCAGCAGGGAGGAACGCCGAGUCCGUUCGACAGGAAUUUUGGCACAAAAAUGGGAAUCAAGUCUGUCAUGUGGUUGACUGACAAGCUAAAGCAAUGCUACAGACAUGGUCGCAUAUUUGCAAACUCUCAGGAUUCUGCCUGCGUGUUGGGAAUGAGGAAGAGGUCUUUAGAGUUUCAGCCUCUGGCAGAACUGAAAGACGAGACUGACUUUGAACAUCGUAUUCCCAAGACACAAUGGUGGAUGACGAUGAGGCCCAUCCUGAAAAUUCUGGCCAAGUACAAAAUCAACCUGGACACUUCGGAGCGAGCCGCUUUGGAGCACGUCAUUAAGAAGAGAGGCCUUGUCCACAAGUAGAAUUGGCAUCUACAGUACGGCAGCCCAUGGUGUGAUCGUCCCCAUUCUCUCAAAGAAUACAUGAAAAGAGCAGUUAAAUAAAUAUGCAAUGAUAUUUAAAGUGACCCACUUUUUUUUUCCAAUAACCAUUUUAUCCAUUUCAAAAAACUACAUUUACAAAUGCAAUCUGUUCUUAAACUGUUAUGAUUUCAGUCAAGUUGUGUUGUUUGAUAGCUUGUGACUUCACUGUUUUGUUUUUAUAAAUGCUGGCGCUCUGCGGCCGUUGCCAACAUGCUGCUAAAUCCGGAUCACUGUUAAUAUUAGGCUAUUUUACUUUUAUUAUUAUUAUGCUAUUGUGCUAACUACAUGACACGGUGAAACGGCCUGGCUGGUGUACUGAGCAGGGAGGAACAGACAGGGGAGACGCGCUUGGGCUGGAUAUGAUUCUUGGGAUGAAGGUGGUAAAAUAGUAGUAAAAAAGAAUGGUAUAUGAUAGUAAUAAUAUUAAAA